GUUUUCACUUAUCCUUCAAUCUUGUGAUAAACGUGUCACCGUACUAGUUUUUCUCGGUGGCAAAUAUUUUUUCAAUGGCUUCAAAUCUACCCGUAGAGAGCAGAGAUCUUCUCCAGCCUCCAUCAGAAGAGUUGGCUCAAGUUCUCAAGGAUGGUUUAUCCAAGAAUUUUUCAAAUGUGGAAGUUGAAGUAGUUGAUUGUCCAGAUUUGAGAGAGAAACCAUGGACACUGGCUGCUCCUGGUAUUUGUGGCAGGGUCAGAAUUGCUGAUGUUGGUGGAGUGCCUUACCUUAUACCUCUCCCAGACCUCUCCAAGUUAUACAAUUUUGAUGAUGUAGCAAAAAGCUCAGAUCUUCCAGGAGGAUUUGUUAUUGGUGCAGGAGCUGGAAGCAGCAAGUUUGUUGGAGUGAACUGUGAGAUGAUGGCAAACUUGGUCACCAACUCAGAACAGAAGGGAAUCAUUGCAACAAAAAUUGCUAAAGUGAAUGAAGAGAAUGGAUCCUUUGUCCUGGAAGAUUACAAAUGUGGAGAGUUUAAUUUGUUGGGUAAUUUUCUUGUUAGUGAUGGAAAACCAGGAAAGGUUCUGAAAGUUUGUGCCAGCAAAAGGACUGGAGAUGAGAAUUUUGUCACGUGCAUGCGAAACACCCUGGCUGGUCGCUAUGGAGACCAACCAGUGGGAAUGGGUGGAGUGUUUUUAAUCGAAAAAGGAAAGGCCAAGAUUCAUGUUAUGCCCAGAUUUUCCCAAACCCCACUCAAGACAGACGCAGAUGUGAAUAAUUGGCUCAAAUUCUAUGAGAUGAGUGCCCCAUUGGUUUGUGUGGGAGUCUUGGAAAGUCACGAUCCUGGUCUGGACUUGCGCAUUGAACACUUCCACUGCUUCAGUGAUCAUGGAGAAGGAGGGCAUUACCAUUAUGACGUCACACCCGAUGACGUGCAAUACACUGGGUUCUUUAACGUCGCUGAGAAAAUUUACAGAAUAGAUCGACCGCUGACUACACACAAUGUUGGAAGAGACUGAGGAAUGGCCUAAGAUCACUAUUCCAUAUAGUGGCUAAAUUUUCAAAUAAUUGAAUAUUUAAAUCUGCGCUUGAAAUUUUACACAAGCCCCAUUACAUUUUAAUGUAUUGUUUUGGGAAUCUAACAAGAUUAAAAUUAGCAUGGUAUUGUACAGGUGAGCAAAUAUAAUUUAAAAUCUAAAAGAAUUAAAGAAAUUUCUACGGUUGCACUGGGGGACGCGUUGUCGUAAUGUUAGCGCGCUGGAUACUGGGGCUAACGCAAACAAAGGAGCAUACAAAAAUUUUUCCUUUUCCAUGUUUAAAAACACAAUUUCCUCUCUUGAAAGGAUCUAUUUUACUAAGUAUUAUUUUAUGGCUUAGGCUUGUGGCCGAUAUAACGCGCGCUCUGAUUGGUUAAGAGCGAGAUCAGAGCAGGGCAUUAUACAGUGGUAAUGCCCUCGGGCCGGUUAUGGAUUGUGCAAACUAGAAAAAGCGCAAAAUGUUAAACAAGUACCACGGCGGUUAUUUUCGCUGUCUGAAAAUCCGAGCGCAUGAAAACGAUGAAGGCCGAUUGACAGCCAGAGAGAAUAGACUCAUUUUGAUACAAACAGGUAAAGUUUUAGAAGAGCAGCGAAGGUACUAUUUUAAAUUAAUUGUUUUAAAUUACCUCGCUAUCUCUUGGUCAACACGGCGAGGCCUCAGUUUGAAAUUUUCCCGUAACGACCUCACUCUUGGUUGUUAAGUAGUAAAUAAUGACUUAUUAGGACUGAAUUUGAACGAAAUGAAUUGUGAAAGUAAUUUGCUUUGUAAGUGGUAUAUUGCCUUGGACUGUUCUUGAUUGCAUGGGGUAAGGUUACAUAGUAAUGAUUGGAGUAAAACAUUGAAAUGUGAUAUAUGAAUUUGAAAUCAGCUGGAGAAAUCUCGUCUUUGUGGAAAUUACUUUUGGCUUGAUAAGAAUAUUAAAGAGAUACAUCUUUGGAA